CUCGUUAUAGCCCUGACAGCCUAGUGCACACUGCCAGGAUUGUCAAGACCGUCCAAGAACAGCCCAGCCUCCAAGUCUCAGCAUCACGAGACACAUAUUCUUUUUUUGUUCAGGCACCUGUACGCAGUUGACUGAACGGCUUAUCCUCUCCCAAACCACACUCAAGCAAACAGGGCAACCGUCGAGCGAAGAUAAAGUCCAUUGUCGUCACGACCUCCUCGACUCUCGACCCCAACAUGGCGACCCAGGGCAUAUCAUGCUGGGACUUCGCCUACUCCACAGGCAAAUGUAGCCUGACAUGCGAGCGCAACUGCAUAGACAGUCGCAAAAAGAGCUCCAGAUUCCGAAAACAACAAUCCAAAGACGACACAAACACCUCCAUCUUUCGAAAACUGAAACAAGACUCGAUCGAUGCGAGGACAUACCUGCUGUCCUGCCCGAGUACGGCUUCUCUCAGAUUCCCGCAGACAUACACAACCAUCUCGACAAUGCUGCUUCAACCGCGCACGCAGAUCGUAUUGCUAGUCCCGCAAGUCUACAUCGCCAGCUCGACUGUCUGCGACAUCUCGCGUCUGCCCCGUGCGGGUGGUAGUUAUAUUCAAGUCUUACCCAUGCCGGAAGUUCUUGGCCUCAAUGGUGUGAAUGCUGAGAGUUUGAGCUCGAGUGAUAGUGAGUAUGAGACUCCAGAUUCUGCGGACAUGUCGAACGUAGUGGAGAUGGUGCGGAAGAUUGUCAAAUAUACCAAGGCCCGGCGGUUCGAUGGCUAUCUUGACUUUGAGGAUGAUCGGAAGAGCUGGACGUUCUUGAAACGUGUGGGUGAUGGAGUCAAGGCUACGUCGCGGAAGAGAGGGAACUAGCCAUUACGAGGCGGUCGACUGCGACGGUUGUCCUUUCGCCCCGAUGACAUUAGUUGUGCUU